AUGUCCAGCCAAGAUCAGCCAGUCGCUGCCAGCGCAUCAACAGCCGUGCCCGUGCCUGCUACUCCGCCCUCUGCUUCGGCUCCGACCAACGACGAACGGGAGGCGACGACUGUUCCGGAGGAGAAGGUAGUCGUCGAGGCAAAGGAGCCUACGGAGGACGACGCUCAAGCUCUUCUUGGCUUGCUUGGGAACAUCAACGCGGGGAUCGCGACACUGGCACCCGUAACUGAGAAGGACGCGACGACGUCCGCGGCGGCUCCUUCUGACGCGCAAGCAUCUGUGUCAACAGAGCAAGCGACGAAUCCCACUCUUGACAGUCUCCUGAGCUUGCACAACCUUCCUACCCCCGCAGAGAGCCCAGCCAUCACGGACGCUGCACGUCAGGAAGAAACGGCGAAGAUCCUGGCUUUGUUGAAUAACGGACAUCAGUCGGCACCUAACAUGGAUCCUUCCGCUGAUUUGGAUACGUUGUUGCAGAACGGUGGCGGUAAUGCCAACGGUAACGGUAUUGGGAACCAGCAGGCUCCGAUGGCGCCGGUUGAGUUCUCCGAUGCCGAUGCCUCAGGGAAGAGGAAGCGUAAGUGGUCAGGCAAGGAGGAACCGCGCCGUGAAGCCGCCGCUGCGCGUCACGAGAUCAUCAAACAGGCGAUUCUUGACCACAUGCCUGCGAUGCAAGAGGCUGCGAACUCUGCUGGCAUGUUGUUCUCUCCUAGCGCCGUGUUGCCCGAGAACAACAAGUUGACCACCAUCACCUGUUUGUAUGCCUCUGUUGCGCAGAAGUCGUAUGGUACUGAGAAGCGAUUUUUGUGCCCGCCGCCUGUUGUUGCGAUUCAGGGUGCGCACCGUCAUUCAAUGGGUGAUAUUCCUCAGGGUCGCAUUUCAAUCUACGCGGAGGACAGCCCGGUGCCCAUCUCGCACCACAGUGAGUCCUUUACUGCGCAGAGCUUACAGGCCACCUUCAAGCAACUUCACAUCUCCAACGUCGCGACCGCCAAGUCGAAGCACUUCAACCUUCGUCUUCGUGUCGCCGCGCGUGGACGAAGCGCGAGUGACGAGCAAUACUUUGCUGAAUGGGACUCGCCGCCGAUCAACAUUAUCUCCAAGCCUUCGAAAAAGUCAUCCAAAGCGAGGAACUUGGCGACGUGCAUCCAGGCCAGCACUUUGGUGUCCUUGUACAACCGUAUCAACUCGCAGACAGUGAGGACCAAGUACCUCCGUACUGAGGGAGGUCGCCUGUGUGCCAAGAGUCACGAGUGGUCACCGUUCUUGAUUCAGGUCAUGCGUAACCCUGAACUCAUGGAGGAUGGUGUGGUCACCGAUGAGCUUCCUGAGCCGGGAGAGCCUGUCAUGUACGGGACUGUGGUUGUCUUGACUGACACCAUCACCGGUGUGCCAUCACAGCCCCUCAUCAUUCGUCGCGUCGAGAAAAACGUGAUUGUCGACGAUGCGGUGGGUCCUGUCUCGCAGAUGGGUAAGAUCGCGUUCGAGUCCGUUCGUGAGGAGGACGAUGAGAGUGGUGAGCGCAUGUUCCUCUCUGCUCUUGGUGCUCAAUCCGAUACCGGUGCCGCACGCAUGGAGAACGUUGACCCGACUGUCGGCUGGCAACCUCCCAAGGCUGGCUCUACGACUCGCGUCGAGGACCACGUCUGCUGGACCAUCGUUGGUAUUUCCCAAUUCCGCCACACCUUCCUCGACGCAUUCGGACAGCCAGACGAGGCUCCUAUUCCUAUGCCUGGACAAGCUCCAGCAUUGUUGCAGGCUGGUCAGCCCAUGCCGAACAUCAUCCAGACUCCCGCUGGACCCAUGGUUGAUGACUACAAGGGCCCUGUGACCCCCUUCCCUGCUCUCGCGACGAAUCCGGCUUACCUUUCCAACACCCACACUCUCGAACUUGUCGUGGGUGAUUUCGUCUCUACCAACCCCGCCAUCCCUACGCCUGAAGUUUGGUUGGGUCACGUCGGACCGCUGAACGUUCGUGUUAGUGCUGCUCCGGCAGAAUAUCCUAACACGGUAAUGCUGCAUGUCGAGUUGCCUUCCUUCAAGGACUUGAACGGAGGCAGUAUGCCGUUGCUGUUCGUCAGGCACGAUGGUAUUGUUAGCAACCCGGGUUGUGAGGUCGUCGUUGACUACAAGGAAGGUGAAGGAGAGGGCGGUGAAGAAGCAAAGGAAGGCGAAGAGGAGGUUGCUGAGGAGGCGUAA